GCGGCAGAGCGGAGUUUGCUCACUUGCUGGCGCGCGACUCAGCUUUUCUUGCGGCGGCUGAACUCACGCAAGUAACCACCGGCGUCGCGGGGCUAAAAUUCACUCCAGUGGACCAGUAAACCCCUACCCACCACCACCCAAAAACAGGUCUCUUAUCAUAUCCGGCUCGUUGCACCGUGGGGUUGUGUAUUGGAACGCUGUCACUUGGGCAGAGGCUGCUGAGUUGAGCCGCGCUUCCGGAGAGUGAGGCGCAUCGUCUGAGGCGCAUCCUAGGCGGACGGACGAGGUCCAGUUUGGGCCCGCGCGCCAGCUCCCCCGCUCGGUUCAGGCCAGAUAAGCCUACGUUCGGCUCGCGGGACUUGAGGGACCCUCGCUUACAGACUCGCCGAGAUCAGUUGUCACCGGAGUCUCGUUCGGGUUCGGCGCAGGAUGGAGACCAGCCCCAUCCCGGUGGUGACGGUCCAGACGACCCCCUUCGAUGACCAGCGGCCCGGCACCAAUGGACUGCGGAGGAAGACCUCGGUGUUUGAGGGGAAGAAGAACUACCUGCACAACUACAUCCAGAGUGUGUUGUCGUCCAUCGACCUGCGGGACCGGCAGGGCUGCACCAUGGUGGUGGGCAGCGACGGACGGUAUUUCAGCCGAGCCGCCACCGAAAUCAUAGUCCAGAUGGCAGCUGCCAACGGGAUUGGACGUCUGGUGAUUGGUCACAAUGGCCUCCUCUCCACCCCUGCUGUUUCCUGCAUCAUCAGGAAGAUCAAGGCCAUCGGAGGAAUCAUCCUCACAGCCAGUCACAACCCCGGAGGCCCUGGUGGAGACUUUGGGGUUAAGUUUAAUGUGACAAAUGGAGGCCCGUCUCCAGACACGGUGAUGGAGAGAAUCUACCAGGUGAGCCGGACACUGGAGGAGUAUGCCAUCUGCCCCGACCUCCGCAUUGACCUCUCCAGACUGGGCCGACAUGACUUUGACCUGGAAAACAAGUUCAAACCUUUCAGAGUUGAGAUUGUAGACUCAGUUGAGGUGUACCUCAACCUGCUGCGAAGCGUCUUUGACUUUAACUCCAUCAAGAGUCUGCUCACUGGACCUGAUCAGCUCAAGAUCCGCAUUGACGCCAUGAAUGGAGUGAUGGGCCCUUACGUGCGGAGGAUUCUGUGUGAUGAGUUGGGGGCCCCUGCAAACUCUGCCGUCAACUGUGUUCCCAUGGAGGACUUUGGGGGCCGACCUCCUGAGCCUAACCUGACCUACGCCACACCGUUGGUAGAUGCCAUGAAAGGCGGAGACAUUGGCUUUGGAGCAGCAUUUGAUGCAGAUGGGGACCGGUAUAUGAUCCUUGGAGAGAAUGGCUUCUUUGUUAACCCAUCAGACUCAGUGGCCAUUAUGGCUGCCAACCUCUCCAGCAUCCCAUACUUCAGACAACUGGGCCUUAGGGGCUUCGCUAGGAGUAUGGCCACCAGCACUGCACUGGACAGGGUUGCAAAGGCCUUGAAGGUGGCACUGUAUGAGACUCCAACGGGCUGGCGGUACUUUGGGAACCUGAUGGACUCCGGCCGCUGCUCUCUCUGUGGGGAGGAGAGCUUUGGGACAGGUUCGGACCACAUCCGCGAGAAGGAUGGCUUGUGGUCAGUGCUGGUGUGGCUGUCCAUGAUGGCGGCCAGGAAACAGGGCGUGGAGCAUAUUGUCAGGGAGCACUGGGCCAAGUUUGGACGCAACUAUUUCUGCAGGUUCGACUACGAGGGCUUGGACCCCCGUGCAGCCUUCUACCUGAUGAGGGACCUGGAGACAGUCAUCUCAGACAAGGCCUUUACCAACCAGAAGUUUGCUGUCGGGGAUCACAUGUACAACGUGGAGCGGGCCGACAACUUCGAGUACAUCGACCCUGUUGAUGGAACUGUGGCUCGCAACCAGGGUCUGAGAAUUGUCUUUACCGACGCUUCCCGUCUGAUUUUCCGGCUGAGUGGGAGUGGGGGGGGAGCGGGGGCCACCAUCCGCAUAUACGCUGAGAGCUUCGAGAGAGACCCCGAGAGACACAGCAGAGAGACACAGGUGGUGCUGGGUCCUCUCAUUGCUAUUGCCCUGAAGAUCUCCAACAUCCAUGACAGGACAGGACGCCGUGGCCCUAAUGUAAUCACCUGAACAAACAACCAAAACACAACACAAUCACGUAUGCCUGCACAAGCACACACACAUCUUCCUGCACACCAUGCCCGCACACACGCAUGCACUCACGCGCACACACACACACACACACACACACACACACACACACACACACACACACACACAUAAACAAACAUACAAGUUUGUGUGCACACACAUGACAAAUUGUCUUGCCCUGUAAUGCUGUACCCUGUUUCACAUCAUUUCUCUGUUCCUUGGAAUCCUCUCCUCUUUUCUGUCUUGUCUCUUUAAGGCUUAUAUUUGUUGGCCAAACAAAUGGAGGCUAUCUUUUUAAUUAUAUUCAAAGAAACAAGCAUCAAAACAAAUUUAAAAUGCAUUAUGCCAAAAAGUGCAUGUAAUUCCUCUAUGGAUUAAUUAUGAAUGUAAUAUAUGAUGAAUAUAUACACCAAAGACAUUAAAUAUUGAAAACACUGUACAUUACUGAAGAUAAUACUUAUAAAUGGUGCAGAAUGCUCUGAUGUUUGUGCCUCACACAGAGGUUUUGACUAAGGAAGUCCAAGGACGUUGUUUCCAUUCACUUCACAUUGUUUUUGUUUUUUUUUAUUUUGUCAUGUUUAGUCAGUUCUCAGUGUUCAGAAUGCUUAAUCCCAUCCACUAAUAUGCAGCAGUAAUCACAUUUUUAUCAAAGGUUGAAAUAGGCCUGACGCUGCAUCACAGUUUGGAUAUCGACACGAAUUAAUUUACAAUUAUUGGAUGUCCGAUGUAAAGUGGAGAUAAUGCAUAUCAUGUGCUAUGACGGGCAACCUUAAACAAUCCCUCUCUCGUGUACUUUAUUCCCUAAGGAUAGGGUAUUUAUGCAAACUGUGAAAUACCCAGCUGCCUUAGCAAAAUGAAGUUACAGGGAACAAAUUUGAAUCAUCAAAGUGAUUGAGAAAAAAAUACAUCUUAAAAGUGCAUGCUACUUUUUUAUUUUUAUUUUUUUUGUCAUUUGUUUUGUUUGUCUGUUGUGCCCUCUGGGAAAACCAUAUAACUGUAUUUAAAAAAAAUUUUUUUUUUAUCCAAAUAAAAUUUUCUGUGUGUCAUCCUC